AUGACUCCCAGCUCGAUAGACACCGCUCUCUCCGGCGACAUGCAGGCCUCCGCGGCGGCCUCGCCCUCGACCGCCGUCAGCUCGCCCGCGCACUCGGACGGUCCCCCGCGCGGCCUCGACGACAUCUUCGGCUCCUCGCCCACGCACACACCCGGCGCGUCGCCCUCCGACGCCGCCCCUGCGCCCGGCUCCCUCGCCGAACCCUCCGAUGUGCCCUCGCUGCGGCGCCAGCAUGUCACGGCGGGGUAUCGCGACGGCAUCGCGGUGGCCAAGACCGACCAUGUGCAGCGAGGCUUCGACACGGGCUUCCCCAUCGGCGCGCAGCUGGGCGUGAGGGCGGGCGUGGUGCUGGGCGUCUUGGAGGGUUUGGUCAAUUGUGCUCCCCAGGAGAAGAUCAUGCCGGGCGACGACGCUGCCAUCGAGGGCCUGUCGGAUGUGCGUGGCUUAUAUGAGCGUGCGAGAAAGGAGUUGACGGUCCGCGGGGUGUUUGGGGGUGCGGUGGAAGAGGCGGAUGUGGGGAAGCAGGGAGAGGAGCCCCAUACGGCGGUUGAGAAGGCAGGUGAAGCGGUGGUCUCGAAGUGGGAGGGUGUGAUUCUGGGACUUGUCGAAAGAGCCAGCUGA